ACAUAGAUGUCAGAUAGUUUGACCGCCAAAUUACAGGGAAUCUUUGAGAAAAGAUUUGGCUGAUUGCAUCUUGUGCAUGGACUCUAAAAGUGUUGAAUCGCAACUAACUUGAUGAAAUGGUAGAGGUUCCAGUAAAAGUUGCUGUUCGGGUACGCCCUUUGGUUGGCAAGGAGAAAGUCCACAAUGUCCCACAGUGUGUACGCUUUAUUCCAGAGAAGCCCCAACUGAUCCUUGGAAAGGACAGGGGAUUCACAUUUGAUUAUGUGUUCCCUCCAAUAGCGAGUCAGACAGAGGUUUAUGAAAAGUGUGUGGAGCCAUUGGUAAAGAGCUGUAUGGAAGGAUAUAAUGCCACUGUUUUUGCUUAUGGGCAAACAAGCUCUGGGAAGACAUAUACAAUUGGUGGAACUGACAGUGCUGGCCUUUUGGAAGAAGAGUAUGGGAUCAUUCUUAGGGCUGUUAAACAGCUGUUUCAGAUUAUGGAGGAAAACAAGCAGAAAGCAGAGUUUGUAGUGACUGUAUCCUAUGUUGAGAUUUACAUGGAGGAGUUGAGAGAUUUACUUGAUAUGGACACGUCCAGUAAAGAUAUUCAUGUCAGAGAGGAUGAGAAAGGAAAUACAGUAAUUGUGGGAGCCACCGAACAGCCCGUGAACACGGCCGAUGAAGUAAUGAGCUGCCUGGACUCAGGAUCAGCUUGGCGGCAAGUGGGCAGCACAAAUAUGAAUGAACGCUCCAGCCGAUCACAUACGAUUUUCACUUUAUAUGUUGAGCAAAAACCUCUUGCUGAAGAUGAACACGUCGACAGUGAGAAAAAAAGCGACACGGACUUCACAGAUUACAAGUAUGCAAAAUUCCACUUCGUUGAUCUUGCUGGCUCAGAGAGAGCUCAUCGAACAGGAAACGUCGGCGAAAGAUUCAAGGAAUCUGUGUAUAUUAACAGUGGCUUGCUAGCCCUGGGAAAUGUGAUCAGUGCUCUGGCGGACUCCAAAAAGAAGGUCCUCCAUGUUCCAUACAGGGACAGUAAAGUAACAAGACUGCUAAAAGAUUCCUUGGGAGGCAAUUCCAGAACAUUGAUGAUAACGUGUCUCAGUCCUUGUGCAUCAGACUUUGCAGAAAAUCUGAAUUCCUUAAAGUAUGCUACAAGGGCUAGAAAGAUACGCAACAAGCCAGUGGUUAAUCGUGACCCACAGAAUACAAGACUUGCCGAGAUGCAAAGCGAGAUACAGGCGCUCCGUGAAGAACUUCAGCGGCGCCGUGGUUCAUCUCUUGGGUCUGCAGGUACAGUAGAAGAUGCUGAGCGAAUCAAGUCGCUAGAGGAUGAAUUAGAGAGAUCGCGUGGAGCGUGUGACACAUAUAAGCAGUUUCUUUCUGAUGCUUUAAAUCAACUAAAAGCUCUGCACAAGGCCGGCGUGCUGUCAAAUAAUCAAAGUGGCCAGUUUGACCGGUUACUUAAAGCUGUAGACCAGAUCAGGUCGAGACCAAUCUGGACACCUAACACCAGUCGUCAACAACAAGCCGACCUGAUUGAGCAGCUUAAGAAGGAACUUAACAAGUACAAGGAAGAUUUGUCAAGCGACGAAGAAAUAUUCGCGGAGAAAUCAAAGGAGAUCGACUCUCUGAGGGAGCAUACGCAUAAACUCGAGGAAGAGAAUCUUACACUUAACAAUCAACUGCAAGACGCGCAGAGUCGCUUGAAAAAACACGAAGAUCAAUUAUUCCAACAACAACUCCAGCUUAAUCAACUCCUCCUUAACCAAAGAGGUCAUCAAGGUACGAAUGAAUUCAUAGUUGACAGAAUUAUACAAGAUUUCCGAGCACGCAGUCAGUUGCUUGUUAGCCAACACGAGGAAGAGGACGAGGUUGUAUGUACCUUGUCAGACAGCAGUGAAAGUGCAGACGAGGCGGAAGACGAACCUGCAAGGGAAUUGGGCAGGACUUGGAAUAUAAAAAGAGAAGGUUCGAAAAUACCUCGGUUACCAGAGUCUGUUCCUAAGCAGUCAAAGACUUCAAAGAUCUUGGGUAACGGCAAGGUCUCUGCACAAGAUUUGGCAGAAUCGAAGGACAGAGGAUCAAGACCUGACUCAGCGGAACGUAAUGAAGUUGAAGCAUUGCGGUCGAGUACUCAAGUUAUUGGAAAGGAGGUAAAACAGUCAGAGUUAAGACUCCACUCCGCCCAGCAAAAACUGAGGGAUUUGACUAUUAAUAUAAGGCAAAAAGAAGAGUUGAUUAAGGAACUAGCUAAGAGUGAUAGGGAAGCCAAGGAAACCAAAAACCAAUACUCCGAGAAAAUAAAGUCCAUGAAGCAAGAGUUAGAAAAAGCUAAGAAAGAGUUGGAAGAAAGUAAGAAAACGCUUGAAGAAUACGAGUCUAAAACCAAUCACGAAGUCGCAGAGAAACAAAAGGUCGAAACUGAGUACAAGAGAAAGUUACAGGCGGUCGAGGCCAAGUUACAGGCUUUGAAACGAAAACAAAAGGACAAUGAAAAAAUAAGUGCCCUGCACGAAGAAAGGGAAAAGAAAGUUCAGGAACUUGAAGUGCACAUUGACAGGAUGAGAAACCAACAGGAUCAGCUCCAGAAAAAGCUGAAAGAAGAGGCUGACAGGAAAAUAAAAAUGGAGAAAGACAUGCAAAAACAGCAGCACAAAAUCAAGGAACUGGAAGAUAAUAUGAACCAGCAGCAGAAGAUACUUAAAAGGAAAACUGAGGAGGUCGCAGCCGCCAAGCGGCGACUGAGAAGUGUUGGGAAACAAGGAUCGGAAGAAAAGGAGAGCGAUGAACAAGCAAAAUUAGAGCAACGCCGUCAAUGGCUUGAUAAUGAAGUGGAAAAAGUGUUGAGGAGAAAGGAGGCCAUGGAAGCUUUGACAGAGGAGCUGAAGAAAAGAGAAGCCAUCUUAUUAAACAAAGAAGCCAUGCUGGCCGAGAAAAGUGAAUUGGAAAUAAAGAAACUGCGUUCCAGCCAGAUACUUACCAAGGAUAUUCUUCGACUGUCUACCCAACUUGGAGAAGUUGAUAAACAAAUCCAGCAAAAGGGGAAAAAUGUGGACGAUACGGACGCUUCGAGUCAAAGUAGGAACAAUGAAAGUGCUAAAACUUUAGAAAGAACGAAAGAUGAACUUCUAAAACAACGAGAGCUUCUGGAACAAAAACUGCAGGAAGGCUCUUUGUUAGAUCCAAAGGAGGAAAGGAGGCUUAUUGAACUGGACGAGGGUAUCGACGCGCUGGAAGCUGCUAUCGAGUUUAAAAACGAUGGAAUUGCUACCCAACAAGAAGAAUUGGACAGCGGUCAACUUCUGAGAGACAAAGACCGAGAAGGACUGGUGAACAAGCUAAGUAGUCUCUCACAAAGGGAAGCCACCGCCCUGUUGUCAAAAUACUUUGAGAGAGUUGUCGAGUUACGGGGGAGUGAGAAGAAACUGGAGCUGCAUUGUAGCGAUUUGGAGGUUCGUAUAACCGAGCAAGAACGGAUCAUCGGUGAACUGGGUCGAGGAUUGCAGCAAGCUGAAAUUAAAGGAGAUCGAAGGCUGGUGGAACAUCAAAAGAAAUACGAACAGAGGAUUCAGUUCUUAAUGAAUAAACUUCGUGAUGCUGAGCUGAAUGAGACUCCAGAUGAAAGAAUAAGUGAAGUCGAAAAUAGAGCCCAACAGUUAGAGAAAGAUCUGUACUACUACAAGAAGACAAGUCGUGAUCUGAAAAAGAAACUACGAGAGAAGAUGGUGUCUGGACUGGGUACUAGUGUUGAAUCCGAUGUUAUAAUGGCCAGUAGUGAACUGGAAGCUCAGCACAAAAGUACAGAUGUCUACACCAAGCAAUUAGCGUCAGAAGUUACCCGUAUGAAGCAUUCUCUCGCCGAGAAGGGACUAGGAGUUCCUUCUCAAGCUUCCACGCCUGUAAGGGUCUCUCGUAAAGAGCUUCGACAGCUAAGUGUACAGGAAGUGUCAAUGCGUAGAUCCCAGUCUUCUGUGGCCAGUACGGUCCCCGAAUUGCCAGGUCUCUUUGACAAGCAAAGUCUUGUGGAAGAAUCCGCUGACGAUUUAGUGCAAGAUUCAAUUGAACAAAACAAGAAUCCUUGGGCUUAAACACUACAUGUUAUCUUAGCAAAGCGUGAAAGGACGUUGUGAGGAAUUGACAACAUGGAUGAUUUCGAUGUAUAAACAUAAAUUAGUUUUCCAUGGUCUAUGCGACAACAUUUGUUUCAGCAAACUACAGCCCUUCUGUUUUAAUGUAUUUAUCAGUUGGUCGACCCUGUAAAGAACGUGAUGCGGAGCUCAAUAGCAAUUUUUUUACCAUCUACAUUCGUCAUGAAAACAGAUCAAGUUAAAAAAAAAAAAAAGAAAAUAAAAAAAAAAAAGAAGUCAUUCAGGGGCUUGAAUUGGGUCAACGUUUUUCACCUUUGCGUGCACGCGGGUCAGAAGUUUUGAUAACGUUCGUUCUAUCAGCUGAUGUGCUUUGUUUUCAUUUUAUAUCGCCGUCUUCCCUUUAGAAGCAUGCCACUGAAUCUAGUUAGGUAAUAGAGCCUAACGGCCAUUACGAACUUAUACAUGUUGAACACACCUCCCCCGUACUCAUCGUCAGUCUCCGUUUUUUUUUUUUUUUGCCGGAGGACUGGAGGAAGUAAAUUUGUUUGGCCUCUUCUAACAUGCGAAUUUCUCCGUGGGAAUUCAUUUUUGACGAUUGAGGACAAUCCGAAAAGUCCUCAAAAAUCAAGACCUGCAUAAGUUCCAAGCUUCAGGCGAUCAACUAGGGGCCCGUUUCUUGAAAGUCCCGGUAACUUAGCGGGCCCGAGGUCAUGUUUUAAAAUAAAAAUUCAAAGGGAUAGAAAA